CCCUGGCUCGGUGACGGUGGCGCGGCGCCUAUAUCUCAGCGCCUCGAGGCCGAGCCGCCCGUUCACACCUCUCACGACUUGCCUCUCUACUUCCUCCACACACCACCACAACCCAGAGUUCCAAUGCCCCUUACCAAGCACGAGACUGGCCGCGUCGUCUGCGUCUUCUCUGCCACGAGUCAGCGUGGUCGCGCGGUCAUCAACGCUUUACUGGCAGCCAAUCAGCAGCACUACCAGCAGCGUGUCACUGCCGAGUACAAUGCCGUCAAAAAGCGGGAGAUGCUCGCUGCCCACGGCCUCUCGAUGGCCGACGCCUGGCUGCUGCCAUCGCCGCUUCCGCCUUCGCCGAACAUGCUGCAACGCUCCUCGUCCCGCUCGUCUCGCUUUCUCGAGAACGGCUUCGAGGCGACGAUGCCGGCACUGACGCUUGCCGCUGCCGCCACCACGUCGGCGGCCGCCGCGCUUGCGCUGCCCGGAUCUGCGCUCAGCGCGCCGAACGAAGAGGCGGGCGCGUCGCUCACGCGCGCCAUGGAGGCGAGCCUCUCGGCGCAGGGGGAGACCGUCGACGGCACGGCGCGCUGGCACAUCCGUGCCAUCACCCGCAGCAGCGACUCGAUCCGCGCCGCCGAGCUGCGCGAUCUGUCGCCCGACAUCGAGGUCGUCGAAGCGGACUUGUCCGAUCCCGCGUCACUUGCGCCCGUGCUCAGAGACGCAUUUGCGGUCUUCCUGUCACCAUUUUACCAGUGCUUCCCACUCUCACCACGCCUGCUCGAAGCGAUCCGGCUACCGGGCGGCGUUCUGGACCAGGUCGCAGACGGCGACACGCAAGUGGUGAUUCUCGAUGGGGUCGAGCGCCCGCGGCAGGACGCUCUGGUGCCGGAGUCGAUGCGGACGGCCGACGCCAUCGCCGAGCGUCUCUUCUCCCUCGUCAAGGAGGGCAAGCUCGUCUCAGCUACGGUGCUUGACAACGGAAUUCCAUUCGAGCUCAGCUUAGAAGGGCAUGGGAUCGUGCCGAUCAGCCGCGAAGGUUUCUUCGAGCUCGACUUGCUUGCACCUACCAAUUCGACACUGCCCUUCUGCGCUGUCAGCGACAUCGGACCGCUCGUCUCCCUGAUCCUCGAGUCGCCGCGGGACCAUGACCUCUUCCAGUGCAAGCACGUGGACCUCGUCAGUGACGUCUUGUCGCCCAGAGAGCUUUCGAUGCAGCUCCAUCAGAACUCGUAUCUGUCCUGCACUCCUAUUCGGCCGCGCGAGUACACCGACGAGACCUGCGAGGAGGCAAGCAAGCAGCUGCCGGAAGCACAGCGCGAGAUGGCCAUCUUCAGUCGCUACUGGCAGGGCUGCCCACGGCAACGUCGCCCUUCACGCGAGUCGUCGACUUCUCGUCGAGGCUUCGCCCUUACAACUUGGGCGGAUUGGUCAGCAGCCAACAUGAAGGCGAUUCUUCCGCAGUUCGCCACUCCGUCCGCGAGCAAGGUCGCUCAGUCCCUGCAAGUCGCCGCCAGCACGGCCGCGAGGCUGCAAAACGCUCAGCUCGGCACCACGAGAGAGGAGUCCAUGUUCCUCAUCCCUUUCGGGAGUUCGGAUCAGGAUCUCGAAGCUCUCUUCCUGGUCUCGUCGAUGACGCUGGGCCCCGGUACUCUGUGAAGGUAGCGUGGUAGCCGCACGUGCCGCUCUUGCUCCCCUGUUCCUCUACCGUGUUCCGUCAUUCCCCGGCCCCGUCAAGGCCCUAGAGCUCCCUGUAAUGCCUGUGCUGCUGCCUGCUCCACUGUACUGCUACCACGCCUGCGCGACUAGCGCUGUACCACUAGCUCCCGCUUUGCGCUCUAAUCGUGAAGGGCGUUG